AUGGCGGCAAAGGGCGGUUUGAAGACGAUCGCCGGGGAGGAAAAUGAAGACAGAUUCGGUUAUGUGUUUGCUGUAUCUGGACCUGUCGUCACGGCAGAGAAGAUGUCUGGAUCAGCUAUGUACGAGCUGGUGCGUGUCGGAUACAACGAAUUAGUAGGAGAGAUCAUUCGUCUUGAGGGUGACAUGGCCACUAUACAAGUAUACGAGGAAACCUCAGGUGUAACAGUAGGUGACCCCGUCCUCCGUACUGGCAAGCCUCUGUCCGUGGAGCUUGGUCCGGGUAUCCUGGGGUCCAUCUUCGACGGGAUCCAACGACCCCUCAAAGACAUCAACGAGCUCACCAGCAGCAUCUACAUUCCCAAGGGAGUUAACGUCCCCUGUCUGGCUAGAGAGGUCGACUGGGAAUUCAACCCUCUCAAUGUUAAGGUGGGCUCCCACAUCACCGGAGGUGAUUUAUACGGUAUCGUGCACGAGAACACUCUGGUGAAGCACAAGAUGUUGAUCCCGCCCCGCGCCAAGGGUACCGUGACGUACAUCGCACCCGCCGGCAACUACAAGGUGACGGACGUGGUGCUGGAGACGGAGUUCGACGGAGAGAAGAACCAGUACAGCAUGCUGCAGGUGUGGCCCGUGAGGCAGCCGCGCCCCGUCACCGAGAAGCUGCCCGCCAACCACCCGCUGCUGACCGGCCAGAGGGUGCUCGACUCGCUGUUCCCCUGCGUACAGGGAGGCACCACCGCCAUCCCCGGCGCCUUCGGUUGCGGCAAGACCGUCAUCUCGCAGGCGCUGUCCAAGUACUCCAACUCGGACGUCAUCAUCUACGUCGGGUGCGGGGAGCGUGGUAACGAGAUGUCUGAAGUACUGCGGGACUUCCCCGAGCUGACGGUGGAGAUCGAGGGCGUCACCGAGUCCAUCAUGAAGCGCACGGCCCUGGUGGCCAACACGUCCAACAUGCCGGUGGCUGCCCGCGAGGCCUCCAUCUACACGGGCAUCACGCUGUCCGAGUACUUCCGUGACAUGGGUUACAACGUGUCCAUGAUGGCCGACUCCACCUCCCGUUGGGCCGAAGCCCUGCGUGAGAUCUCCGGUCGUCUGGCCGAGAUGCCCGCCGACUCCGGCUACCCGGCCUACCUGGGCGCGCGGCUGGCCUCCUUCUACGAGCGCGCGGGCCGCGUCAAGUGCCUCGGCAACCCGGACCGCGAGGGCUCCGUGUCCAUCGUGGGCGCCGUGUCCCCGCCCGGAGGAGACUUCUCGGACCCCGUGACGGCCGCCACGCUGGGCAUCGUGCAGGUGUUCUGGGGCUUGGACAAGAAGCUGGCGCAGAGGAAGCACUUCCCCUCCAUCAACUGGCUCAUCUCCUACAGCAAGUACAUGCGCGCGCUGGACGAGUUCUACGAGAAGAACUACCCCGAGUUCGUGCCGCUGAGGACCAAGGUGAAGGAGAUCCUGCAGGAGGAGGAGGACCUGUCGGAGAUCGUGCAGCUCGUGGGCAAGGCGUCGCUGGCCGAGACCGACAAGAUCACGCUGGAGGUGGCCAAGCUGCUCAAGGACGACUUCCUGCAGCAGAACAGCUACUCGGCCUACGACCGCUUCUGUCCGUUCUACAAGACGGUGGGCAUGUUGAAGAACAUCAUCGCCUUCUACGACAUGUCGCGCCACGCGGUGGAGUCCACGGCCCAGUCGGACAACAAGGUGACGUGGAACGUGAUCAGGGACGCCAUGUCCUCGGUGCUGUACACGCUGUCCUCCAUGAAGUUCAAGGACCCGGUGAAGGACGGCGAGGCCAAGAUCAAGGCGGACUUCGACCAGCUGCUGGAGGACAUGUCGGCCGCCUUCCGCAACCUCGAGGACUAG